AUGCGUGCAGUUCUAGUCAUGUGUGGAUAUUCUUGGAUACCGGAUGUAUGGCAUUUCAGGCGUUUAAUACUCGAGGCUCUGGAUGGUGACUUGCAUGAUGAAUUGGGUUUCACAGAGAAUAUUGCUAAGAGUAAUUCCAAGAACUAUCAGAUAUGGCAUCAUAGGAGGUGGGUUGCUGUGAAAUUGGGAACUGAUGCUACAAGCAAGGAACUUGAGUUCACCAAGAAGAUACUUACUCUUGAUGCUAAAAAUUAUCACGCCUGGUCCCAUAGGCAGUGGGUUGUGCAGGCACUAGGAGGAUGGGACGAUGAACUUCACUACUGUUGGCAGCUCCUUGAAGAAGAUAUUUUUAACAAUUCUGCUUGGAAUCAGAGAUACUUUGUUAUGACAACAUCUCCCCCUGCUGGGAGGCCUGGACGCUAUGAGCGAGUUUUGAGUGCCAAAAACAACUCUAUCUUUGCUCUGAGCACAAUUUUGGAUCUUCUCUGCCAUGGUCUCCAACCAAGUCAAGAGUUGAGAGAUGUUGUGGAUGCUCUCAAGGCUUCAGGCCAAAAUGAUCAACCAGAUCCUGACUUGGCAAAAACAGUCUGUUGUAUCUUGGAAGGUGUAGACCCAAUGAGAGCUAACUAUUGGAAGUGGCGAAAGAGCAAGCUGAUGAGCUGA